AGCAGCAUUUCGGAUGAAAACAUUAUAGCUAAUGGAGCGGAGAGGAGCUUUGGUGAUUAUUGCGUGUUUGUCAGGAUGUUCGUUUAUUCCGCAAUGAAAACGGGUAUAUAUCUUAGAUGGCGUUUGGGUGAAAGUUUAAUUAUUUCGAGAGAUUUUCGGGUGGUUCCAAUGCCUGGCUAUUUCAAGUUUCCAGCCGGGAAGGUAGCUUUUUAAGAGGGUGGAGAGGAAGGGGGUCUGGAGAAAAAACAACGCGUUUGACAGCAGAGCUUUUCCCAAGUAGCUCACCGAUCACUCUGGUUGUAAACAGAUCCUAACACGUGACAAUGAGAGCAGGUCCGCAUUGUCUGAGCGAGACGCACAAAGGGGCCGUCGGCGGCCGCACACCAGGUACGAUACGGGAAGCAGGUGGCAGGGACCGGUGAUGGCAGCUGCGGGACAAGCCAAACAUAUUUUUUUGUGGUAGGCUUUAAAAUGAACAAAGAUGGCUGUUGUUUUGAUAGUUGUGUAAUACCUACUUUUAACGGACUUUGAUCGUUUUUUAAGCAAAGGAUAAUCUCGCAGGACUUAUUGUUUCUGCAUAGUUACGCCGCUGACUGUUAUUUGGCUACGGGAAAAAUAAGAGACUUGGCUCCGGGGGUCGUUGGCUAACUACCUGCAGUAUGUCAUUUACAAUGGAAGACACGCUUGAGUCCGGGUGGGUGGCGGUCCGGCCAAAUGUUUUCGAUGAGAAGGAAAAGCACAAGUUCGUUUUUAUAGUCGCGUGGAAUGAGGUCGAAGGGAAGUUCGCUAUAACUUGUCACAAUAGAACCGUGCAGAGGAGGACUGCUGCCCGGAAUCCUGUCCCCGAAGCGACUGUCUUUCAGGAGGCAGCGGAGGGGACGCUUUCCGCAGAGGACAAACUGAAAGCUUUAAACAGUCCCGUUAAAGAAAGUGCGACUGUGUGCGCCGCAGACGAUGACAAAGUUAAAGGAAAUGUCAGCACGAAAAGUCCAAGUCACCUUAAAACCCUAAGCAAAGCAGUGGACAUUGAGGGCUCCGAUCCCACAGUCAGUAAAGGAGAACUGCGUACCCCAGAUGCCGAUUUGGCUGACUCGGAUCACUUUGAUGCCGGCAGCAGAGAGCACUAUAGUUGGGCCGGACUCUUCUCCUUCCAGGAUAUGAAGGCUGUUCACCUGCAGCUCUGUUCUGUCAAUUCCGAUCUGGAGUCAUGCUUGCCCCCGUUUCCCGAGGAACCCUCCGGCGUGUGGACGGUCUUGUUUGGACUUCCAGAGGUGACUCAAAGAGAGGUGGAAACCCUGUGCUACCAGCUCCAAGUGUACCUAGGCCAUGCGUUAGACACCUGCGGAUGGAAGAUCCUAUCUCAGGUGCUGUUCACCGAGACCGAUGACCCAGAAGAGUACUACGAGAGUCUGAGUGAACUGCGCCAGAAGGGAUACGAGGAAGCAGUACUGCGAGCUAAGAAGCGCCUGCACGAGCUCCUGGACAAGCACAAGGUGAUGGAGAGCAUGGUUGAGCUGCUGAAGAUCUACCAGGAGGAGGACGAGGCCUACGGCUGCCUGGUGGAGGCCACCACUGAGCUGUACCAGUACCUGCUGCAGCCCUUCAGGGACAUGCGUGAGCUGGCCAUGCUACGCAGACAGCAGAUCAAGAUCUCCAUGGAGAACGACUACCUUGGCCCCCGCAGGAUUGAGGGUCUGAAGAAGGAGGACUCGGACUGGCAGAAGAAGGCCCAUGCGGCUGUGCUGUCAAUCCAGGAGCUCACUGUCAAGUAUUUUGAGAUCACUGCACGAGCACAGAAAGCCGUGUACGAGCGCAUGCGAGUGGACCAGAAGAAGUUUGGCAAAGCGGCGUGGGCCGCAGCGGUGGAGCGUCUGGAGAAGCUGCAGUACGCCACGUCUAAGGAGACGCUGCAGCUGAUGAGAGCCAAAGAGAUCUGCCUGGAGCAGAAGAAGCACACGCUCCGGGACGAGAUGCAGAGUCUGCGUGGCGGCGAGGACGCCAUGACACGGCUGCACCAGCUGGAGGCCCAGUACUACAAGCUGCAGCUGCAGCUCUACGAGAUCCAGUUCGAGGUCCUCAGGUAUGAGGAGCUGCUGCUGACAGCACAGCUGGAGAGCAUCAGGAGGCAAAUGAUCGAGAGACAGGACGAGGUGGUGUAUUACGACACCUACGAGAGCAUGGAGGCCAUGCUGGGCAUCGAGGAUGUUUCAGGCGGUGUGCAGCCUCGCAGGGACGAGCUGCUUAAGCUGCAGCAGAGGGCUCGGCAGCUGGAGGCCAAGAGGGGGCGUAUCACUGCCAAGAAAGCCUACCUCAGAAACAAAAAGGAUAUCUGUGUUAUUAAUCACAAUGAGAAGAUACAGCAGCACCAUGGCAGUCAAGAAGACUACAAAUCCCAGCAAGCCCUGCAACAGAGCGAGCUGAAGGAGGAAGAAAAGAGGAGCAUCCGUGUCAGUCAGGAGAGGCAGACGACGCUGGACCGACUGCGGAGCUUCAAACAGCGGUACCCCGGACAGGUCAUACUAAAGUCUACUAGACUCCGGUUGGCGUAUUCUCGAAGGAAAAGCGCUGGGACCCCCACCAGAAACGUGGACCUGGACCAGCCCCAGCCACUUAUCACGGACGUUCGGUCAGAGGAGAUGACCCCAGUGCAUGAGCUCGUGGAAUGCCCCACCAUUCCAGUUCCCCAACAAGAAAGCAUUUCGUUACCUAUAGGAGGCGCUGCUGCUCCUCACGCACAGCCAGUUCCUCCCUCCCUGCCCACCAUCCUGCCAUUGGUAGACACCGUCGCGGGUCUUACUUCCCCUGCUUCCUCUGGGCUCUUACCGCCACCUCCCCCGCCGCCUCCUCCUCCUCCUCCGCCGCUGCCCCCUCCAGCCACCAAGGAAGCUGCUGGCGAGGAACUGGAGGGGCCGGGCAGCCCCGUGAGGAAGCCCAAGGAUGAGGGCAGAGAGGCCAACAAGGAGGCCAUUGGGCCCAUUUGCGGCCGCUUCUUUGACAGCAGCCAGCUGGUGAAUGCAAGGAAGAAGCUGAAAAAGACCUCAGCGCUGGAGGCCUCCCAGAGGAGGAGAGCAAGCUCCCCAAUGGACGAGGUGCUGGCCUCCCUGAAGCGUGGCAGCUUCCGGCUGCGCAAGGCCGAGCUGCGCGUGCUGCGGCCCGACCCUAGCCAGGAAGACGGCGACAACAUCCUGGCGCAAAUCCGCAAGGGCGUCAAGCUGAAGAAGGUGCAGCAGCAGGAGCUGCGUGACAGCCUGGGCGAGCUGCAUGACACCGCCGACCCACUGACGCGCAGCAUCCACGAGGCGCUGCGCCGCAUCAAGGAGGCCUCGCCCGAGUCGGAAUCUGAGGACGAAGGGCUGCCCUGCACCGACUGGGAGAGUUAGGCCCACCCUGCUCCCCAGGCUGCUGUACUUUCCACAUUAACAUACACGUUCCAGUACAUGCCCAAAAGCCCACGUGGAUCUCAACCCUUGCACAUCAUAGCUGGUAGUUUUAAUUAGAACUGAAGUAUGUAUGUUUGCUUUUUUUUUUAAAAAAAAAGUAUUUUGAAUGCCUUUUUCACAUUUCGAACCCUUGCCCCCCCACACUGAGCCUGGUUGGCAGCCGAGGCCAAACCCCCUAGCAGAGUGGGAUGCCAUGGAAGAGCCAGCGGUAAGCAGGACUGGCAGCCUGUGCCGCCUCGACUGACACGCUCACUGGUGCAUUGCUCUGUUUUGUUCAUACCCUGUAUGUGAGAUCAGGUGUCAGAAGGGCAGAAGGCGACAGUGGAGAGCAGACGUCCUGCCGGUCAAAUCCAGCUAAGGCUGGUGUUGUUACACUACACUUGGUGACAUGUUUGAUAUAUUCCUCUUCUGUACGUUUUAUCUUUGUUUUUGUGUCCAUAUUUACUGAUUUCUUUUUGUGAUUUAUAGCUUUUUAAGAUCUUUCAUUAUACGGAAUGUGUCAGCUUUAUUUUCACCUCGGCUUGUGUCCCCCCCUUUCCUGAGUCGUCCUGUGGGGGAUCAAUUUUGUUGCAAUAUUAACAUUGGAGUUAGUUGGAUUCGCGUUUUAAGGAGCUGACGUUUUAAGAGCUUACUCUGGGGAGUCCUUGAAGGUACAACCCCCGUUACUGCCGCAAUCAACACAUAGUCCUCGUGUUCAACUGUAAGGUCAGUCAAGGCCCUGCAUCCCAAAGCAGGAACACCCCCCUCUCCCCCACAGAAUACCUUUGAUGACCUGCUUUGUUGUAUCCUUUCCAUUUAUACUCACCAUUUGCUGGUCUUUGUAUCUGCCGCAUAUUGCCACAUAUUUAAGUUUGUCCAUCCAGUACGCAUGCUAACUCAUUUACCUAUUUUGCAGUUGAUUGAUUUUCUGACACCCCCCCCCCCCCUCUCUCCUGCCAUGUGUUUUUGGCCAUUAGGCUAUUCUCUCCUUCUUAGGAAAUGUAUACUUGAUUUAUGUUUACCCGUCAGAUAAUUUACUCACUUAAAUGCUGUCCGUGGGACUAAUACUCAAUUAUUUUCUCAGUAUUAAUAUUUUUCUUAAUGUUUAAAACAUAGACUAAUCCAAACUAUCAUGCUGUCAUUUUUGCGCUAAACAAAACAUUACCGGUGAUUCCAAAUGAAAACAUUCAGUUGUUUAGUCCUUCGGCGGUAUUAGCAUUUUCGUGCUUCUGCUUUUGUCCGGUAUUACACCGCUGUCAUCAAGGCUUAUCAUUGCAGAAUAUCGUGUCAGCACAAAAUGUUUAGGAAACAUAACAUUCAAGGAGUGAAAAAAACAUCCCCAUGCAGGCUUAUCACCUGUCGUCAGUGGAUUUGCGUUUCAUUUACCUGUGUUGUUUAUUUAUUAAAUACCGCGUUGGUCGUCUCUAACACCUUGUUGUGUUACAGUGCUGCCACAGAAUACUAAACCUGUCAGGCUGUCUUUGAAUGCACUUUGAAAUCCUUCACCAAUGUCUGUACAGAGGCCUGGGGGGGGGCUCUCAUUUUCAGCCAGCUCUGACUAUAGUCACCCCCUGUCCACCCUUUCUAGGGGGAGGGGAGGGUUCUCCACUGUUGGUGACGAGGACCAGUGAUUCACUCUUACUGGAAAUCAGAGCCCGGCAGUUUCUGCAAAGACCAGCCUGUCUGCGCAGUGGAGACGGCUGGCUGCUGCUUUCCCUUGAUGUUUGCGAUAGCUGGAAUCAAAGGACAGAUCUGAGUACUAUUGCAUUUGAAUCAGAAUUUCCUGUUAUAUGCUCAGUUUUCUUUUGUGGAGAUUCUCCGACUUUUUAUCGUACUGCGAUUUCCAGCCUGGGACACUAAUACUCUUUGUAAUACUGAUUGUUAUGCAAUAGUGCCACAUCCAGCCAAUCCUAAUACUGUAGACCGCGUGGAUUUGCCGGAGACACCACUGGCUGCUUUCUGUGUGUAUUACGCACUGAUUGACCUCUAGGCUGAAGCCCUGCCCUCUGGCUGCUUGAGUGGCACCGGUGAGCCAUCUGACAUGACCAAGCUCAUUAAGGCAUUCCUGCACUGUGUUGAUUUCACAUUGCAUGCAUGGUGGUUGAAUGUUUGUGUGUCAUGGUUCCUCCGUUUUGGUAGAAUUAAGUUUAAAUCUAUUUUUGAUUUUUCGUUUACUUCAUCCAGACUACCAGACUGCAGACAUAUCCCGCCACUGUUUUAUUCUUGUGCACAGCUACAGUGCCACCUACUGACAGAAUUUAGAUGGGUUAUUUUUUUUUUGUUUGUCCAGUCUGAUUCUCAGGCUUGCUGAUGUUACUGUGGCUGCUUAAUUAUUAUCUAAUACAUACAGGUCUGAAAAGACAGACAACUAUAAGACUUACCAGCGGUCUGUUGCAGACUGAAGAGUAAAUAAUGUUGUCAGUCUUUUGUGCUCAGUUUACUGUUUGGCAUGGAUCGUAAAAAGAUUGUGAUUGAGUGAAGCAAGUAGGAAUUGUAGAGUGAAACUGGGUUAGUGUAUCUAAAGUGAUCAAUCCUUAUAGCCCCACAUGGACACAGAUUCCACUGGUUUUAAAGCAGCUUUGCCAGCAGAAAUUUGUCAGAUAACAGUGGCAAACCCGGGGCUGUAGUUAAUAAUUAGGCGCUGUGGCAGAAAUACAGCUCCUCUCUGCAAACAAACAAACAAUCAAAUUUAUUUUUGUAUAGUGCAGUAUCACGACAUUACAUCGUCUCAAAGUGCGUUACAGCAUCCCCACCCAAAGCCCCCAGUGAGCAAGCCAAAGGCGACAGUGGCAAGGAAAAGCUCCCAAAAAGGAAGAAACCUUGGGAGGGACUUUACUCAAAGGGGGAGCCCAUCCUCCAGGGGCCGGCAGGGAUAGUCAAAUAGGAGAUCACCAUAUCACCAUAUCUGCCCUUGAGAACUGCAACUGCUAUUCCCUGUAAGGACUCCAGCUGUGGUGAUGCACCAAAAAAAAAAACUAUUUAUGUCAUGUGAUCCAGAGAAAAUGGCAGUGUGCGUCCCAGGUCAGUUCUUUUAAGAAUGGAUGAUGGUUACCUGUAUUUUAAAAGAGAAUUCCCUUGAUGACUGACUGUUGCAAUACAGCAUUUGCGUUGAGAGAAUUACUGAGAUUGCUUGCAGGUAAUAUAUCAAGUGUGUCCCAACAGAGUUUCAUAGAUUGCAUUCAGAAAUUGGUCGUAUGUUAACCUCAGUCUGUUAUUGUGUUUUCUGUUACUUUUUGAAGAGGGAGUCAAAUGAAAGAUUUUCCCCAGUUAACCUCAGAAUAUAAUCUCACCAGAGACACUGCAAUGAGCUUUAAGAAGACAACAAACGUAAUGUAUUAUUAUUAUUAUUUAUUACUGGUAACUCCCUUUUCUGCAUUCCCUCUUGGAAUUAAUUGCUUUCCAAUGAAAUACCAAUAGACUGAGGUGUUUAAUUCUAAUAAUAAAUCUUGUGUAAAUAAACAUAUCUAUUUUACCUGCCCAUUCCUGCUUAUAAUUAGAAUUAUACUUGCAUUUUGCUGCAUUACUAUUAUAUACUGUAUUAUGCAUUUCUUAUUUCCUAUUGAGCAGAUUGCUUUUCUAUGCUUGUGUGCAGUGACACUUUGAAUUUUUAAUUAUAUUUCCCAGGCAAAAGUUAUAUAUCUUAGCUAACUGAUUCUUGUGCUUUUAUUUAGUUUUUUUCCCCCCCAAAAAUUAUGUGGUGUUCAGUUCUAUGUAAUUCUUUCAUUUAUAUAAUAAUUAUAUUAGUUUGGAUGAUCAUUGACAUUAGAUUUUCUUUUUUUGUCUUUUGUUUUUCCAUAACUUUUUAUUGGGCUGCUUUUUGCAUGACUAAGUACUUGGUCAGCAUCAUUACAUUUGGUAUACAUUAUUUGUAUGUUAAUAUGUUUUGCUAACAUCGGUCUUGUUGGUUUGGGCAGUGUGAUUAAGCACAGCCCAACAAAUCACCAUAUCUUUACCGGACCUGUGCCAUUUUGUCACAUGUCUGAUUUGGACAUUUUCAGCAUUUUUGAAGAUGUCCUGGAAGUAGAGGAGCUCUUGUUCCUAAAUGUACUCUGUAUUUCUGCAGUUCACUGGCUGCCCACUAGUUGGUGCCAUAAAUGAAGGGUUGCCUUAUUCUUUGUUUGACAAGAUGGGCAUUACUGGGAGCCUAAUUCGCCCCUCUGCGUUGUGCUGGGAACAGUCAGUGUAAUCAGAAUAAUUCAGGAUGAAGGAUGCUUGUCUGGGUGUUCGCGUUGGCCUUUGUUGACGGAGGACAAAGUCUUUCGGUAGCAUGUGAUGUGUGUAUGUUGGCUGUAGGGAACGGGGGCGGCAGGAUAGCGCAGAAAGGGGACUGCAGACCUGUAGACAUACAAGAUCAGAGUAAUUCUGAUUUCCCACUUUCAUCUUAUUAAUUUUAUAACUUAAAGGACCUGUGGUGCUUGAGGACCCCCUGCUACUCCAUAAAUUUGUCCUGUUCUGCCAUCUGGUAAUCUGGUCGUAUUGUAUUAAGCGUGUAGGCAGAGUAGCAGGGGUCCUGGAGGGACCGACAGCACAGGGCACAGGGUGUGCUGUGUAUGGGAACAGAUAUGAGUUCUUUGCAGAUGUGGCCAUUUCACCAAACUGCAUGUCUGGGGAAUGCAGGACAAAGCCCACAUAAUAGGGGGAGAAGGUGCUCCACAGACAGGUAGGGACAGCUUUCAAACCUCAACACUGGAGGUGUGAGGCAGCAGUGCUACUCAGCAAUGCUGCACACAGUUACCAUACCACUCUGUAGCAUAUGGAGUUCUGCUGUAGCAUGAUUGGUUCAAUUUAAAGUUUAAACUGAUAACCAAGUUUCUGGCUACUCCUGUUUUUUGUAUAUUUUGUCAUUGUUUAUUUUAUUUUAUUCUAGUAGUGUGUACUUUGUUCAUUGUGUGAUUGUAUGGACCACUCACAUGCUUCAGUCCUUAGAGAAGACAAAUUUUAUUCAUCUUAAUUUUUUUUUCUGCAUAAGGAGUUUGCAGUGACAGUAAUUUCACAGGCAUCAGUGUGAAAUAAUCUAAUACUGUAUUUAUAUUAAAAUCCGGAUUCUUCAGUAUUAUUUUGGGCAGCACUAAAAGCCAGUGAAACAAUCUGUAAAAUUACAAUUGAUUUUUUGUUCCUUCUUUUGAAUAUAUUAGCUGAUCUGUGAUAUUCGCUGGCACAACUUAGUCUGUGAAUUUGGCCUUUAAAAAAAGAUUUAAAGAAAAAAACCUGCUUCUAACUGCUUUUCUAAUGUUCCCUUUUAUAGUACAAGUAGAUAAGUACAUUUGUCCUGACAGAUUCUUUGCACAUUUCUGGAAUGUGCAAGAACAAAUAGGUUAAAUGUGUCCUAGGUUUGCAUGGUUUGCGCAGUGCGUAACUUACUGUGAACCAGUGUAAAUGUCUGGAAUGGUACCUCGGGCCACAAUUUGACGACUGCUUUUGCAUGCUGUGAUUCUAAACGCUUUUGGAAAUGCAACAUACUUUAAGGGUAUUUGGAGGAUCUUCUGCAGCAGCAGUUCCCUGGGUCGCAGUGUAGACCUACAGCCCACCGGUGUCCCAUUAGGAAAGCAAAUGUCCUUCAUUUGGCAUAUAUCGAUCACCCCCAGUUUAUUUUUUCUUUGAGUGUGAACAUUAGCGUGACCGAAGUAGCACCAGUUAACAUGAAGUCUGAAACUUGCACUGGAAAAAAAAAACAUAUGGAGUGGCAUGAAGUGAAUGCCCAUAGGUCGAAUGAAGUUUUACUGCUGUUAUUAACAUUGGAUAAACUCUUCAUCCAGUCAUUUGCUUGUUUGAAGUGUACAUCACAUGCAUGCAAACUGCUGGCUUUGCUUACUGGUAGCUAAUCCACCUUAUAUUGAAGUUUUUGUUUUUUUUUAUUACAAAUGUGUCACCGGUCACACAGUGUUUCCUUACUGGUACAGCAAACCAAAUUGAUGAUUUUGCUUCAGUACUGACUUACUGUAGAUGCAUAGAGGAUCCUCACCACGGACCUAGUCCAUCCAUCCACGUAGUGUACUGUAAUUAUUUAAUUUUUGUUUUCCUGUAUUUUCUACCUGUUUCUAAGCCCUGUUCGUUGUGUAACUUUUUUUUUCCAUAUUAUAGUUUUUGUUGUUUUAAUCUCUUUCAACCAACACUAAAGGGUUGUGUGUUUUUUUUUUUUUUUUUCCUUUUCUUUUAGCCAGCAAAUUUUAUUGUAGAUAUACACGGCUCACAUGGGAUUCCGAUGAUUCAAUUCAUGGUAAUUAGAUUAGCCAGUCACUAGAUAUGUGCAAUAUUAUAUUAAUAAAAACUGAAUGAUAAACAUACUUUAAAAAAAUGUAUAUUAUACUGUAAAGAAGUACUGUUAAAUCUUGCAAUCACAUUGAAUUUAUGUGAGAAUAGAAUGACAGGAUUAUUUAUUGAAUAAAGUAAAUGCUAGCUACGUUAUUCAAAUGGAAAAAAUGCUUCAAUGGUUUUGUUUGCCUCUACUCUGCCUAUUCCUACAAUUCUAUUCCUGCUUUGUAUUUUAAAUAUCCCCCCCCCCCCCCCCGCC